UUUGAAAAAGAAUUGAAUUGAUUCUUUCUUAUAUGCAGAGAGAGAGAGAGAGAGAGAGAUUCAAGAGGCGCCAGGGAGGGAGAGACUGAUUCCUUUCGUAGCGUUAGAAUUUUGACUUCUGCGUGGUGCUUCCAGUGAUUCUUGGAUUCUCGCUGCAAAUUGAUUCCCUCUAUCCAUUUGGUUGAUGGAAAAUGUAAACGGAAAUACCCCAUCGAUGAACUGCUCUUUUGAUCCUGGAACAGCUUAUGAAGACAACAAGGGAAACAGCUCAUCUGAAUCAAGCAAACUUAUAGUACAUGAAGAAAAGAUGCAGCAAGUCUCCACUUCAGAUAGUUCAAAGCUAGAGCCUUUGGAAGACGAUGAACCAGAAGAUGCAAAUGGCACUUUUGAUCAGCGUCCACAUAUUCCAAUGGCAUUGCCUUCCAAUAGCACAGCAAAGGAGACAGAGGGAGACAAUAAUAAUGGUCCAGAAACAACAACUUGGGAGCUAUCUAAAAACAGUCCUUCUAGUAGUGAAAAUGCCCAAACAUACCGGGUUCAAAUUGACACAACGGCGCCUUUUGAAUCAGUGAAGGAAGCCGUAUCUAAAUUUGGGGGCAUUGUUGACUGGAAAGCUCAUCGAGCCCAGACAUCUGAGAGGCGAAAGUUUAUUGAUCAAGAACUAGGCAAAGUGCUGGAGGAGAUCCCAUUGUUGAAAAAACAAGGCGAGGCUGCAGAAGAGGAAAAAAUGCAGGUUCUGGAGGAUUUGGACAGCACCAAAAGAGCAGUAGAAGAACUGAAGCUUAGUCUUGAGAGAGCGCACACGGAGGAGCAACAGGCAAGACAAGAUUUUGAGCUCACAAGGCUGAGAGUGGAAGAGAUUGAGCAAGGGAUCGCCGACGAAGCCAGCAUUGCCGGCAAAGCGCAGCUUGAGGUUGCGAAAGCCAGGCACAAAGCUGCAGUUUUGGAGAUGGAGACUGUGAGAGCCGAACUGGAACAACUCUGGGCAGAUUAUUCCCUCUUGGUUUCUGAGAGGGAUGAAGCAGUCAAAAGGGCAGAGGAGGCAGUUUAUGCGUCUAAAGAGAUUGAGAAGACGGUGGAGGAUUUGACUAUUGAAGCCAUAACCUUGAAGGAAGCCUUGGAAGCCGCGCACGCUUCGCAUAUGGAGACAGAAGAACACAGACUAGGGGCAGCAUUGGCCAGAGAAGAAAACAUCCUUAACUGGGAGAAACAAGUGAGAGAAGCUGGGGAGGAGGUUGAGAAGGCAAAACAGCAGAUUCAGUCUGCAAAGGAUCUGAAAUCAAAUCUUGAAACUGCUUCAGCAUUGCUGCUUGAUCUGAAAUCACAAUUCUCAACUUACAUGGACUCUAAGCUUCCAGAAUCCGAGGAAGACGGGCCCUCAGAGAUAAGUUCAAGAACCACUCGCAUGGAAAUGCAAGCGGCGGCAGAUUCAGCUAGGAGGGAACUGGAAGAGGUGAAACACAGCAUUGAGAAAGCAAUGGCUGAAGUGAACGCAUUGAGAGUGGCAGCCGAUUUGCUGAGGUCAAAACUGGAAACGGAAAAGUCUGAACUUUUCGCCAUUCAACAGAGGGAAGGGAUGGCAUCCAUCGCCGUCUUGUCUCUAGAGACUGAGCUGAAGAGGACAGUCUCUGAGGUAUCCCUUGCGCGGACGAAGGAGAAAGAAGCCAGAGAGAGGCUGGCCGAGCUUCCAAAGCAACUUCAAGAGGCAGCCAAAGAGGCUGACUUGGCAAAGUCCCUUGCCGAAACAGCACGGGAUGAGCUGAGGAAAGCAGAGGAAGAAGCAGAGCAAGCCAAAGCAGGGGCUAGAACCAUGGAGAGUAGGUUACUAGCUGCUCAAAAGGAGAUAGAAGCUGCAAAAGCAUCAGAGAGACUGGCACUCUCAGCCAUCAACGCUCUGCAGGAAAGUCAAUCCGGCGGUCAAAGCAUCAUCGACGGUCAAGAUUCGCCGAACCUGGUCACGCUUCCUCUAGACGAGUACUAUGAGCUCAGCAAGCAGGCGCACGAAGCAGAAGAGGAAGCUAACCGGAGAAUUGCCGCCUCUAUCUCCCAAAUUGAGGUGGCAAAGGAGUGUGAGUUGAAAAGCCUGAAGAAGCUGGAGGAAGUCAAUCGUGAGAAAAGUGAAAGAAAGGAGGCUUUAAGGGUUGCCUUAGAGAAGGCAGAGAAAGCCAAACAAGGGAAGCUGGCUGUGGAACAAGAGCUCAGAAGAUGGAGGGCUGAGCAUGAGCAAAGACGAAAAGCCAAUGAAUCGGUUACUGCACCCGUGAACCGAACCAUCAGCCCAAUAUUAAGCUUUGCAGAUAGAAAAGAGUCCAAAGCCGACGACAAUAAUGGAAUAGAACGCGAAGAACCAUAUGGGCAUCAAAACAACAGCAUGCCAUAUUCAUCUCCUGAAGUGAAGACUGCCACGAAGAAGAAAAAGUCGUUCUUCCCUCGGUUCUUCAUGUUCUUUACCAGAAAGAAACUGCAGUCCAAGACGGCGUGAUUAGGCAAUGGCCUUAAUUGGAAGCAACUCUUUUUGUUUUGUUGUUUUUGUUGUAAUUACUACAAUGGUUAAAUAGUGACAUUUUUUACCAUAAAUUAAACAUAAUCUAAAUAAAUAAAUAAUAUAAAAAUUUGAUAUAUCAAAACUAUAUACUCCCUCCGUCCCAAAAAGUCUUUCCUGUUUCAUUUUUUGCGCAUCCCAUAAAACACUUCUACCGACAUCUAAAAUGCCUAAAAUUUACAACAUUUCUUCUUUAUUGUGGGUAGAAGUUAUUUUGAAAGUUUUUUUGGCAUUCAAGGCGGGAUAGAAGUGUUUUUUGGGAUGCGCAAAAAAUGAAACAGGAAAGACUUU